AUGUUCCGUGAAGAAACGAACCGCUUGAUUUAUGAGUAUGAUGCCGAGCAGCUCUGGAUCGAGCCCUGGGGCCCGAAUGCGUUCCGGGUUAGGGCCACGAAAUGUGCGACUAUGCCGACCGAAGACUGGGCGCUCGAGGGGCAACAGCCAUCCGUGAUUAACGUCGAUAUCUCCAUCUCCUCAAACUCUGCGAAUAUCACCAACGGCAAGAUCCGGGCUGUCGUUACCAAAUUCGGCAAGCUGACAAUCUCUAAUUCACAGGGCCAAGUACUGCUCGAGGAAUACACACGCACCCGUCGCGAUAUCCUUGAUUCCAAAUGCAGUGCGGUCGAAAUUGAGGCCCGGGAGUUCAAACCUAUCCUUGGUGGUGAUUACCACUUGACCGCUCGCUUCGAGAGCGUUGACCCGGAUGAGAAGUUAUUCGGCAUGGGCCAGUACCAGAUGCCGUUCCUAGAUCUGAAGGGUAUGGAUCUGGAGCUGGCGCAUCGCAAUUCGCAAGCCAGUUGUCCCUUUGCUCUUUCUUCUCUGGGAUAUGGCUUUCUCUGGAACAACCCUGCGAUCGGGCGGGCCGUGUUGGGGAGGAAUACCAUGAGCUUCGAGGCGUUCUCGUCGAAGGCGAUGGACUACUGGGUCGUUGCGGGAGAAUCGCCCGCAGAAAUUGAGGAGCUAUAUGCCAACGUCACCGGGAAGGUCCCUAUGAUGCCAGAAUAUGGCCUAGGUUUCUGGCAGUGUAAGCUACGCUAUCAGACCCAGGAAGAGCUUCUGAGCGUGGCGAGAGAAUAUAAGAGUCGGGGUUUACCGCUCGAUCUGAUUGUAAUUGACUUUUUCCAUUGGCCUAAGCAAGGAGAAUGGAAAUUCGACCCUGUCUACUGGCCCGAUCCAGCUGCUAUGGUUCAGGAAUUACGCGAGAUGAAUAUCCAGCUGAUGGUGUCCAUCUGGCCUACUGUGGAUAAGAAGUCGGAGAACUUCGAGGAGAUGCGCGAGAAAGGCUUUCUCAUUCGAGUAGACCGCGGCGUUCGGACCGGCCUAGAUUUCGAGGGAGAGACUAUCCACUUUGACGCUACGAACCCCAAAGCGAGAGAGUACAUUUGGAAAAAGGCUCGUGACAAUUACUACGCCAAAUACGGGAUCAAAGUAUUUUGGCUCGACGAAGCCGAACCAGAAUAUACGGCAUACGAUUUUGACAUCUACCGGUACCACCUCGGAUCAAACCUGGCGAUCGGAAAUAUCUAUCCACGGGACUAUGCGCGGGCCUUUUACGACGGAAUGACCCGCGAAGGACAAGAAAAUGUGGUUAAUCUGGUGCGAUGCGCCUGGGCCGGCAGUCAGAAGUAUGGAGCGCUGGUCUGGAGCGGUGACAUCGCGUCCUCGUGGAGCAGUUUUCGGAACCAGCUGGCCGCUGGUCUUAACAUGGGCAUUGCAGGUUUCCCCUGGUGGACCACAGACAUCGGUGGCUUCCAUGGUGGGGAUCCCAAUGAUCCACUAUUCCGCGAACUGCUUGUGCGCUGGUUUCAGUGGGGAGCCUUCUGCCCCGUCAUGCGCUUGCACGGCGACCGCGAGCCCAGGCAGCCUCAGCAUGGCACGAUGGGAGGUGCGACGUGUUGUAGCGGCGCAGCCAACGAGGUUUGGUCUUAUGGACCCGAAGUGUAUGACAUCUGCAAGAAGUACAUGGAAAUACGCGAGGAGCUGCGGCCAUACACGCGGCAACUGAUGCAAGAGGCUGCGGACAAAGGUUCACCGGUGAUGCGGACACUUUUUUAUGAGUUCCCCGAGGACCAAACAUGCUGGGACUUGAGCAACCAGUACAUGUUUGGCCACCAGUUCAUGUGCUGCCCGGUGCUCAGCCCUGGUAUAGAAAACAUGACUGUCUAUCUUCCGCCUCUGCCUGCUGAAAGGAAGUGGAAAGCAUUCCACGGAGACGAGAAAGAGGUGCAGAUGGGCAAGACCGUGGACAGCGGAGGGGAUAGGGUGGCAGAGACGCACGCAAUUACUGAUCUGCAUGUCUCGCAAACUGAGCAGGCGCCAAAGAGACCACACGAGCCAGCGGCCGUACUCGGCGACCACGCAUAUUGGGCCCAAGACCCGCGGCUUUUGAGAGAUCCGCCCGCUCAUGAUGCCCAUGGUGGUAAUCCGCUCGACUCAGGAAUGCCAUACGGCCUCCGCAUGUAUGAGGUCGAUCCGACCGAUGGAUUUAGUCCCCGGCAUAUGUCCUCGAUUAAUUGGCUUUCGCCGGACGAUAGCAUCCUCCAGGAAUGGGCAAGUCAACUAGCUGGUAUCCCAGAUGGCGGUGUCUUUCCGACGUCGACGACCUUCGCCAUACCAGAUGUCCCAGGUCUACCCCAGCUCCUCGGUACGGGGGAUACCUUGGGAUGUGCUCCCGCCAGUCAGUCAUCUGCCGAUAAUGCGCAGAUAGAUACCCUAGCCGAGAUGACGAGUUGCUCCGAGUGCGCAGAGAGGGAGUCGCCAGAAACACCAAUGGAUGCAGCAUCGUCGUGGAGCAGCUCUCAAACCACAAGUAACAGAUACUAUGUACAGGGUAUCGCUUGGCGAGCCCCCUUUCAAAGCAGAUUUCGCAAGGGGCAAACCAUGGGCUCUAUGGAUAGAGACUGUGUGACAACGCCAGCUCCCUCGACCGCGUCGAUUGGAUCUGUCACUAACAUGGACGGGGUCGCAUCGUCCUUGAGCAAAUGGUUAGCGGAAGAUGCCUACGACAGGAUUGUCCUAGGUGUCGAAGAGGAGACCCAGGCAUCCUCAUAUCUUCCUUCGCUGCAGGCCUUUCGGCUCUGUGUGCAUCUUUACUUUGAGCGCCUCCACCCAAACUUUCCCUUCCUCAGCAGGCCAGCCUUUAUAUCCGAGAAGCCACAUUGGGUACUGUUGCUGGCAGUGGCCGGGGUGGGUGCUGCAUAUUUGCGCUCUUCACAGGGCUCACAAUGGAAAGACAUUCUGAUGCAAGCGCUAGAAGGAAUACUAUUGCGUCAACUGCAUCAAUUCCAGCAUAAGGUAGAUACCACGCUACCUGUAAACAACACAUUCGAAACAGCGAACCAAGCCGAGGAACUUCUGCCCCUAAUCCAGGCAAAGAUUUUGCAUUUGUUGUGCAUGCUUCAUAGCAACACUUCGUACAUUACCCAGCGGGCAGUAUUUGAGCGGGCAGACUUGGUGCAGUGGUGCUAUUAUCUAAACCUAGUGCCGGACUCUAUGGGCGUCUCUGCACUAAGAACCGGCAGCAAGGACAUCCACCAGUGGAUAAAGGCGCAGUCCUCGCUGAGAACCGGAAUGAUGAUAUGGCUGUUGGAUUCUAUGGUGUCCUACGAGUUGAAUUGCAACCACCUCAUGAAGCUAGGAGACGUCAGGGGAUGGCUGCCAUGCCACGAGGUGGCCUGGGAUCAUCCGUCGCCCGAAAAUUUUGCCUACGCUGAAAGCGUUUCCAUCUCUCUUCUGGAUGCGCUUGAUCUAAUUUAUAUCGAAAAACGAUUUCCUCCCAAGCUCAGCCAAUUCAGCCAGGUUCUGCUCAUUCUCGCCAUCUACCGACGAACCACAGAGGUCGCCGAUCAGUGCCACAUGCGAUUGUCAUCAUGGAGUCCCACAGACAGUGUGCAGACAUCCGGACAGGGACCAGCCUCAGCUCAAAUGACGUGGCCUCCAUCAAGCAGCACUUUCGUGAAGUGGCGCAACGCGGCCUGUGAUUCACUGGAUGUUCUGCACUGUACGGCGAACAGUCGUGCCGCUGAAUCAUGCUGGGAAGAGCCCACCAUCCUGUAUCUGCAUCUCGCUAGACUCAAGCUCCUGUCUCCUUUCGUCCACUUCCAAACACUGGCACAAGACCCGAUGCUGCGCAAUCGUGGCGGGCCAUCGGUCAAUACGGCCCAGCUGGAAAGAUAUGAGCACGCCCGCAGUCAGGUCUUUCAAUGGGCGAUUCGAGAUCAGUUUAAGGCCCGGCUGUCAGUCAUCCACGCCGGGGCUCUACUAUGGCAUGUUCGUCGCUUCAGUACCGACAAUGUCGUCGAACCGUUCGCUAUAUAUAUUGCGACCCUCCUACUUUGGGCAUACAGUCUUUCCGUGAAAACCGUCAAGGGACAAGGAAAUACGACUCAUCAAAACACAAGAUGCAGCUAUGCACCUUCCACUGAUCAAAUGGCCGGAGAUGCCUCACUGGCAGAUGAAGAUAACGCAGCAACCGACCAAUCAGAUGCAGAGCCGCGUUUGAUUUAUCUCGAUCGGCCUUUAGACGAUGAACUUGUGCAGAUGUACAUCCGUGUUGGGAAUAAGGUGUCCGCCCAACUCAAAGGGGUUGGAGAUAUUAGUGAUGACAAUGCGCCAGUGAAGAUUCUCAAACAGGGAUUCUAUUUGCUCACAGGAGAGAGUUAUUGUCUGUGA